UCCAAGUUAACAAAUAAAAGAUAUAUAGAUCAAGAAGGGCGAUAAAUGUAAAUGUUUACAAUUAAUGUACGCUACGCGAUCGACCAGUGAUCGAAAUGAUCUGCAUACCCGCGCGUGGACGUUAAAGAGAAAGUUACGUCCCUGAAGAUGUGUUGAUCGGGGUUGCUCGGGGAUGGCCGCGUGUCCUCGCAGAUAUAGGAUGGCCGCGCCUACACGUGGAGCGAGUAUUGUUGCGACGAAUACAAGACAGAGUGUCUUCAAUCCGAUCAUGCAACGUUCGAUAAGUACGAGUGCCGAUACAUCUCGCGGCAUCAUCGCAGUGCAAAUUUAAUUCUUACGAUCGUUAAAAGCGGAUGACAUUUCGUCGUGUAACAUCUAACAAAAAAGUUUCAUCGUAUACGUAUCCUGCAAGAUCAGUAUCCAAGAUCGAUACCCAAGAUGGCAAGAUCCAAUAUCCAUCAGAGCAAGAGAUUUAUGACAGACGCCGCGAUAGGCCUACAUUUAUAUGGAUUCUAAUUAACUGCAUCUGUCUGAAUAUCCUAAAUAAGGAGCAGCCACGAUUGUCGUUGUACCAAAGGAUAACUCUUAUCUUUUCGCACAUUGUCUUAGUUUAUUGCAAUGUUUGCCACUCAAAACUGGAUAAUCUAAAACUAAAUAAUCACUAUGAAUUUAUUACAUGCUGGAAUACGAUCAUCUACAGAGUCUUAUUAUAUUUCUACAAAUACAUCAAACGUACCUCACAUAAUUUCACCGACACAUUUGAAGAUUUUGUCAUGGUGCAAAUAUGAUACAAUAUGAAUAAUUAAUGGUUCGAGGGAAGUCGAUGGAGCACAAGAGUUUGGAUAGAGAUUCGACCGAUUGAAGGUAAAUCUACUUGGAAGAAUUUUGAGAAAUCUCGAUUGUUGUUCGAUUGGCUAAUAUCGUUAAGCAGCAGCAAAACGGGUGGCAUGCCGAAGCACAGCCGCGCCUCGCCUUUAAUAAUAGAUAAAAACCGUAGGCAUUCGUGCCGUAAAAAGAACAGAAACCGAGAGUAUCCCCUCAGAGAAAAGAGAGAAAAGGAGAGAGAGAAAAAGAGAAACAAAGAAAAAACAAGUAGUUUUCAGUUUAACUGAUACUAACGAGAAAAACGCAAGUUAGAUAUCCGGAUACAGUUAUUAUCAGUCGUCACUGCAGUAUCCGUAUCUCUCAAUUUAUUUGAUUGAAUUUUAAUUAACUGGACGGUAUCAUCCAGUCAUGGAAAAUAAUAGAGAGACUGUUUAUACGUGUCCACAAGAAUAUAUCGAAAUCUCUCUCUCUCUCUCUCUCUCUCUCUCUCUCUCUCUCUCUCUCUCUCUCUCUCUCUCUCUAUCAUAAGUGGAUAAUGAUCACAGAUCAUCGAACGGAAAUGUCUUGAAACAUCCAUAGUUUCCAACGAUUUUCAUUGGAAAUAUUAUUAAUUGUUCUCCCCGAAUUAAAUUACAGCUUUUUCUUUAACUAUAUAGUAUUCGCGCGUCGCGCAAUGCCGAAUGCCAGAUAAAAUAUAGAUAAGUAUCAUGUGUACAAUGAUUUUCUCUUCUCCAUUAACGAGGAGGAUCAUUAUUAUUAGAUACACUUUGAAUCGAAACUGUGAAGACACCGAAUGACGAUGCAAUGAGAGGGCGAGAUAUAUACGUAUUUAGGUAUAUUUAUCCCUUGGAAAUAACGUUGCCAUCGAUGCAGAGAAGCUUGUUGGGAUUAAUAGUGCUGACGAUCGUCGGCCUGACGACUUUCCUGCUCAGCAAGAAGCUCGCACUGGAGUCGCGCAAGCGAGAUAGCCUGUUUCUCGACAUGAUCGCUAACAUUAGCGGCCACUUGGAUCGACUUGACAGCGACUUCGGUGACAUCGCCGCGCAGACGGGAAUUGCGCGGAAUCGCUUGCUACGACUGGUUGCGCUCCAUCGAGAAAAUCUCUUGGUAUGUGCGUUACUCGGCGAGAAAUGGAGACAAAAGCAAAUGCUCAGCGGAAAAUCAGCGACGAUGGCGAAGAAAAGAAGACGACGCCGACGGUUCAUCGCACCAUCAUCGAUAAUCGAUCCGAGAGGUUUUUUAUCAGACGUAAGAAAAUACAGAUAUAAUUAGAUCAUAUAUGUAUAUGCAUCGCCAAAUUUUAUUAUUCAAUUGAUCUCUACUCAAUGAUUUAGGAAUGAUUUUUCUCUAUAAUUACCGCGCUUA